CUUGGCUGGUUCGUAACGGAAAGGCUCGUAGAAAUACGUACGGUACGGUACGAUGAAAUUCAGAAAAAAUCUUUUCCGAAGCAGAAAACAAUCAUUACAGUACGUUCUAUCCAUCGGCUGACCAUUAGGAUGCGAAAUGGGACCAGAUACCAGGCGAUAGUGUGGCGUCGUUCUCGUCCAAUGCAGCACGCACUCACUUGCACUCCUCAUUGCCAAAACCAGUUUUGCGGCUUCCGAGAAGUCCGACAGGAUGAGAGACAAAAGUYCGUUUCCAGGUUCUAUUUUUCCGUCYGAGCUCGGAACCGGGUCUUCCUACACCGGCAGCAACGUUUCUGUSAAGCUCGCAAAAGCCUUUGUGCAGCGAGACGGCUCUUCGGGAAACAGUGCSGGGAUUGUCAUUCUUCCUCGAACCGCUCCCGGCAGCAACGACCCCGAACACGGGUCCCGGAGCAAGCCGGGGUCGGAYGAAUCGUUGUUUCCCUCUGACGGCGUCUGUCUUCGGGUUGCGAAACGCGUCGGCCUCCCCGAGACGAGCUUCGUUUUGUGUUCUACACCGGAWCUUGGUUGCCGGAGAGAYGGAGAGAAACAAUCACAGCRCGACAAUGGCAGGGCUGUCUCUCCAAAUCUGUCUCGAGACAGACAGAAAGGACUAUCUGGUUUUGGAAAGAACGACGAAGACGAUGGUGCCGAUUUCCAGGUGAAGUGGUACACACCAGAACAAGAGGUUGACAUGUGCGGACACGCUACCAUUGCUUUAGCGGGAUAUCUGUACACAAUGAUGGCGAAGGAGCAAAGACUCGUGGGUGCGAGGUGCGAUCCGAGAGACGGUGCUURCUUCUGGAGAAUGAAAUGCAAGGCUGGAUUGCUCGGAAUCGAGGUKUUCGAAGGUGCACACAAUGAAAGUCAUUCCGGCAGUGCAGUGUACAGCAAAAGGGGAACUAAAAYCGAUGUGGAAGACACGAUUCCUCUCUUGCGYGUUGUUAUGGAACAGGCAAAUCCAGAGUACUGUGGCARCAUCGACCUCAACGAAAUUGCGGUAUCACUCGGCAUCRAGGCAGAUACCGAUUUGGCAGUCACUGCUAUCGAUGGGAAUGGUGAGAACCACGACAACAGCAGRCAUAAAAGCGGUCUGGUCUUUCCAUUUUCUCAUUGCGAAAUUGUUUCCACYGGCGGUCGUGACCUGAUGAUUCCGGUUCGUUCUGCUGUUUUGAACGAGAUGGACAUACUAGGAAAUGAUGAAAAAAACAAUUCGGCACGCAGCUCUACGAGAAGCCUAUUGCUGAGCGAAAACAUCAACGCCAUCUCCAGGUGCUAUAACUUGGUGGGAUACCAUAUGUUCGAGGUUGACGACAGAUUGUUUCCACAUAAUUGUGUAUUCAAUGACGAAACCGGAGCUUCCCUCGGGACGAAACCUUUCAGAGACGCCAAAAAUUACGAAGGAAACAACAGAGACAACGGUUCUYCCAUACAUUUGAACGARYUGAUUCAUAUAUUUCAAACUGCCAGACAAGAAGGAACAGACGGUAUCGAACGCUGCUUAGAAGCUGUUCUUUUGGAGCAUCCGCAGCAGCAAGUUUGGCACGAAGACGGCGAGACAUACGAUAGCGUUCGAGACGAUGGGAUCGGAAAGAAGGCGAGCAGCCACAAGAGCGUGUUACCUUUUGUGAGACACUCACGGAUGAUCGAGGUAACCGGAGUUCGGAACUUUGCACCGCAUGUUGGARUCCCCGAAGAGCCCGCGACGGGGAGUGCCAAUGGAGCACUUGCUUGUUACUUGGUUAAACACCUUUUUCUCGGGGCUCUUCGGUGCGGUGGUCACGAGGAUCRCCAUCAAAACAUGACACYACUAGAUACGUGCAAUCCCAUUUGGUUUCGGUUUUUGUUUGAACAAGGCAAAGCCAUGGGAGAACCCUGUUUGGUCGACGCCGAAAUCGAAGUCGUAGGUGGUGCCAUCGGAACCGUGAAAGUUGGUGGACUCGCAAGAGUUKCCGGAGAUACUUUAGAGUUGGAUUUGAAUUCUUUAUGAUAAUGUGAUCUCCACCAGAACCUUCGAUGCACGUUCCGGAACAUUGAGAAACAAUUUCACCAUCCAAGACACGUUAGAUAGUUGGUCCUUUCGGUUUCAAAGGGGCACAUGGCGCAGAAUCGAUCACCACAAAGAUUGAUGUUAUUAUUGUGUCCUUCCGACGAACUGGUCGUCAUGGAGAGUGGCUUCAUWYAUGACUGCUUGUCAAUGACUCUACAAUAAUUCUCGUGUCCGACU